AUGAAAUUUGGACACAACCUUCCCCGAAACCAGGUCCCCGAAUGGGCGUCCUCGUAUAUCAAUUACAAGGGCCUUAAAAAGCUCAUCAAGACGGCCUCGGCAGCUCUCAAGAACGGCGCUGAUCCCGACCUCGCAGAAUUCUUCUUCUCACUCGACCGAAAUCUAGAAGACGUCGACAACUUCUAUAACAAGAAAUAUGCUGAAUCCGCACGACACCUAAAGCUCCUCCACAGCCGGUAUGGACGCGCCGCCCAGCUUCCCGAAGGCAUCGACAAGGACGAAGCCCAGGAUCUCAUGGGCGCGCUUCUCGAGCUACGCAGCCAGCUGAGGAAGCUGCAGUGGUACGGCGAAGUCAACAGGCGGGGCUUUGUCAAGAUCACGAAGAAGCUAGACAAAAAGAUUCCCCGCCUCUGCACGCAGCAACGCUACUUGGCAUCCAAGGUCAAUCCGAGGCCAUUUGCGCAUAAUCCCACCCUCACGAACGACAUGAGGGCAGUUAAUGAAUGGCUGUCCAACCUUGGAGAGGCGAAAACUUUUGAUGACAGUGGGUCAGCCCAUUCCGUGGCGUCGCUGGGCAGAGUUCCGGCCCAGACCUUGAACCUCCCAUCCUGUUUCCUUGAUGCUAUAGACCAGGCGAUCCGCAACGACGAUGCUAGGCGUCUUUCCGAUCUAAUUGCCGAGGAUGUCUCCGAUCAAGAUCUUUCCACCCCACCAUUCCAACAGCUUCUUCUCAACUUCCUGCAGCGGUCAAUCUCGUGCAAAGCCAAAUCGUGCAUCGAUCGUCUACUUCCAGACAUAGAUUUGCUGGAAGAAAAAGACGACUUGAACGAGCGCAACUGCAUCCACCGCCUAGUCAUCACCAUUGGCCGCUCCAAAAGUGGCGAAAAACUCGGCGUGGACGGCUCUGCUCUCCAACCCACCUCGGACACACCGCAUUUCAUCAUCCCGGCGGAGUCUCCAAAUCGCGUGCCUCCCCCAUGUUCCAUUACAGAACAAGAGUCUGCCAAACUCCUGAGCAAGAACGACGAAUCGGUGCGCCUUCUUGUCUACCUUCUUGAUGGGCUCCAGCCACGUCAUCGAGUCGCCCUCCAAGCACGUGAUACGUAUGGACGGCUACCACUCCAUUACGCCGCUCAAUACGGCUUCGUCGUGAUAUGCCAAGUCGUUAUCAAGCAUAUGCAGGACUGGGGUCAGUUCGAUGUAACCCAAGGCAUUGAUUCGCCUGCAUGGCAAGAUGCCGAAGGCUACGCGCCACUCCAUCUCAGCGUCAUUGGGGGUCACCCGCUCACAACAAAGGCCUUACUUCAAGCAGAGAAUUGGCUCGGGGAAACAAACGAAAAACUCAAUUCCAGGAAAAACAUCUCCAGAUCUGGUGCGGUUCUUGCCCUUGCAACACAAUCAAAUUUUGUCACCAUCGUCAAGCUCCUAGUAGAGGCAGGAGUAGAUGUUAACUAUCGAGAUGAACAAGGUGAAACUGCGCUGCACGUUGCAGCACGUUUCGGCCAUCACCAAUGUGCCAAAGUUUUGAUUGAAGGCUCGCUCACCCAAAAGACGAACAUCGAAGUCCCAGAGAAAAAUUUUGCGUGGACUCCGCUCUUUAUUGCCUGCGUAGACGGCCAUUACUCUGUUGUCGAACUUCUUGUCGCUGCUGGGGUUGACUUGGAACGUUUCGAUCUUUCGGGUUGGACGGCUAGGGAGCAUGCAGCGCUACGAGGGCACAUGGAUAUCGUGGAGAAGCUGGCAGCGAUUGCUCCAAUCCCAUCACCCCCAACCACAGAACCACCUGCGGUGAGGUCAGCUUCUCCCACACGUGCAUCCUCAAUCGAGGAGCGCCGAUCCAAGAACUUGGUGAGAGAGAAUUCUACUUACCAACGCCCAACGGAACCUAUCAAGACUUUUGGGCAUCGUUAUCUUACCAACGAGACUAUGGUGCUUGUUAGCCUUGGCUCUAUGGAUACAAGAAAAGACGUUCCCGCUGUCAAACUUGACGAUAUUCCCUUGGCCGAUGCCCAUGCCACUCAGCUUGACACCGCAUUAUCUGUAGUCGUCUCAGCAUCUGGCGCAACCGGGGAGCCAACUGUCAUUGAUCUGCCGGUUCAAGAAAAUAUAUGCACUGAACCAAUCACAUUCAUGACCACGGACGCAACUAAAGUCAAGCUCUUGUUCGACAUUGUGCCUACAUAUGCGGGGUCAAAGGAUAGGAUCGUUGGACGUGGAGUGGCCCUUUUAUCCAGCAUCAAGCCAACCAUCGGCUCAAAGCGCAUCACACUACAAGGCGACGUCAAGGUUCCAAUCAUUGCGGCCACCACCUUGGAUGUUAUUGGCUCGGUGAAUUUCAACUUCCUGAUUAUCACACCGUUCACCCACCCGAACAUGUCUAUUACAGAGCAGCACACUUACUGGAAGAAAAUGUCAUCAACUCAGAUCAUUGGGCAUCGAGGUUUGGGAAAAAACAUGGCUUCAAGAAAGUCUCUACAGUUAGGCGAAAAUACAAUCCAGUCUUUUAUUGCUGCUGCCAAUCUCGGGGCUUCAUAUGUUGAGGUGGACGUACAACUCACCAAGGAUCAUGUUCCUGUCAUCUAUCAUGACUUUUUAGUCAGUGAAACGGGUAUCGAUGCCCCUGUUCAUACACUCACCUUAGAACAAUUCCUCCACGUCAGCGAAGGCCAAACCCCGCGCCAAUCCAGACCUACGUCUCCAGCUGAGAAUAAAAGCAUAGCCCAGCCAAAUGGUGUGCAAACAUCUCAGAGGCGACCCCGAUCCUAUUCUCUGGACACAUCCAAACAGAAGAACAUGCACACAAACCACACUUUAGAGCUCUCGGAACGAAUGAAACAUACGCGGGAUUUCAAAAUGAAAGGUUAUAAAGGCAACAGCCGUGGGAAUUUCAUACAAGCACCAUUUACCACUCUUGAGGAGAUGUUUAAGAAGCUUCCGGAGUCAACGGGAUUUAAUAUCGAGAUGAAAUACCCAAUGCUACACGAGUCGGAGGAGCAUGACAUGGACCAGUACGCUGUUGAGCUGAACUCUUUCGUCGAUACUGUGCUUAAAACCGUCUACAAUCUUGCCGGGAAACGCAACAUCAUCUUUUCCUCCUUCAAUCCUGACAUUUGCCUCAUGCUCUCCUUCAAACAGCCUUCGAUUCCGAUCCUAUUCCUUACUGAUGCCGGUACUUGCCCGGUUGGAGACGUACGUGCAGCCAGCCUACAAGAAGCAAUUCGGUUUGCAAGUCGAUGGAACUUGCUUGGUGUCGUAAGCGCAGCGGAGCCUCUCGUUAUGUGUCCUAGAUUAGUGAGGGUGGUCAAGGAAAGUGGAUUAGUCUGUGUCAGCUAUGGGACACUGAAUAAUGACGCAAAGAAUGUCAAGCUUCAAGUUAAGGAGGGCAUAGAUGCGGUCAUCGUUGACUCGGUGCUCGCUAUUCGAGAGGGACUCAGAAGCUCCGACCAACAGGGUAUAAAUGAGGUUGUUGGUGAUGGUUUGCUCGCUACUGUGCAGCCCAUUACCGCACAAGCCAACGAAACAAUUGCCAUGUGACGGGAUCACACUAUCGGAAAGGUUACGGAGACAGUGAAUGGCGGUGUUACUAUAUGAGACAAUGAGUCCGGUAAUUCAACCACGGCCAUCUGCAUCAAGCGAAGGAGCUUUUCUCCAUCGCCUUGAGACUAACCACAAUUUCGGUAAAAACUCUUUAACGGCUUGACCUAGGUGAAUAGCGUUGAGGUUGGGUGGCGGGAUAGCCCUCAGCGGGUUCCAGUUGAUUCAAUUCGCUGUUGAAUCUAGCGUGACCUGCAAUACAGCCAAUGGCCAGAGAUAAUCACAGGUAGUAUCCAAGAUAAUAGUAGCCUUCAGGGGGAGUGCAACGACAAGGGACUUGAGAUAGCCGUAAUGUUCAAACUAGUAAUUGUGGUGUCGCGGUG